CUGGGCGGAACUCGGAACGCAGCGAGUGGCUAUGGCGCCGGUUGUGGCCCGCAGGCGGGCGCGGCAAAGGGUCCGGAUCUUGCCGCUGGCCGGGGCGCGGAGCCGCUCGGCGGAGGACUGGUGGUGGGAUCGGCUGGCGCCGAGCGGCUCCGGUUACCACCUGCUGCAGUCGGACAGCAUGCUGCUGGUGUUGCCAGGCCCGGGGCCCGCCCGCCCCCGCGCGCAGAGGCGCGCCGCCCGCCGUGCUCAGCUGCUGCGGCUCCGCGGGGCCCGCGCCGCUGAGGCCAAGGCCAAGCCCAGGACCGCACCCGCACCCGCACCCGCGCCCGCGCCCGCGCCCGCACCGCAGAAGGAGCCCGACCCGGGCUGGGGCGACCGCAUUCCCUUGGAAAUCCUGCUGCAGAUUUUCGGGCUGCUGGUGGCGGCGGAUGGGCCUAUACCCUUCCUUGGCAGGGCUGCACGCGUGUGCCGCCGCUGGCACGAGGCCGCCUCCCAGCCCGCCCUCUGGCACACUCUCACCCUGUCACCCCCGCUGGCUGGCCGCCCCGCCAAGAGUGGGACCAAGACUGAGAAGAAGCUCCUUGCUUCCCUGGAGUGGCUUAUGCCCAGUCGGUUCUCACAGCUCCAGAGGCUGACUCUCAUCCACUGGAAGUCCCAGGUACACCCUGUGUUGAAGCUGGUUAGCGAGUCCUGUCCCCGGCUCACCUUCCUCAAGCUUUCCGAUUGCCACGGUGUGACCCCUGACACUCUGAUCAUGCUAGCCAAAGCCUGCCCCCAGCUCCACAGCCUGGACAUACAGCACUCCAUGGUGAGCCCCGGAGUCCCCAGGGGCCCCAAGGAAGCCUGGGCUGAGUUGACCGGUGCCUCUGUGCUGGGUCUCCAGGUGGAGUCCACGGCUGUGGUAAGCUUCUUGGAGGAGGCGGGGCCCCGAAUGCGGAAGCUGUGGCUGACCUACAGCUCCCAGACGACAGCCGUCUUGGGUGCACUGCUGGUAGGUUGGUCAUGGAUGGGCAGGAGCAGAGCUGGGUGCCAAGCCAGGGACUGCCAGGCCUCCGACCCUGUGUUCUCCGCCACCUCUCCAGGGCAGCUGCUGCCCACAGCUCCAGCUCCUGGAGGUGAGCACUGGCCUCAACCACAACAGCACUCCCCUCCAGCUGCCCGUCGAGGCCCUGCAGAAAGGCUGCCCCCAGCUGCAGGUACCUGCCGCCCCACCUCUUCCACCUGUCACCCCCCUCCCCACCUGCAGCCUGGGCCUCGCUCCCAGGUGCUGCGGCUGCUGAACCUGAUGUGGCUGCCCAAGCCUUCCGGGCGAGCGAUGACUCCCGGCCCAGGCUUCCCCCGCCUUGAGGAGCUCUGCCUCGCCAGCUCCACUUGCAACUUUGUGAGCAACGAGGUCCUGGACCGCCUGCUCCACGGCUCCCCUCACCUGCGCUUGCUGGAUCUCCGUGGCUGUGCUCGAAUCACACCUGCUGGCCUGCAUGAUCUGCCAUGUCAGGAGCUGGAGCAGCUUCACCUGGGCCUGUAUGGCAUGUCGGACCGGCUGACUCUAGCCAAGGAGGGCAGCCUUCUGUUAACGCAGAAGUGGUGCCACACUCUGCAGGAGCUGGACUUGAGUGGCCAGGGCUUCAGUGAGAAGGACCUGGAGCAGGCCUUAGCUGCCUUCUCAGGCACCCCUGGGGGCUCGCAUCUGGCACUGUGCUCCCUCAACCUCCGGGGCACCCGGGUCACACCAGGCACGGUCAGCUCUGUGAUCAGCAACUGCCCAGGUCUGCUGUACCUCAACCUGGAGUCCUGCCGCUGCCUUCCCCGGGGCCUGAAGCGGGCCUACAGGGGCCCAGAGGAAGUCCAGCGGUGCCUGCAGCAGCUGCUCGCCAGCCUGCCCCCCCCCUCCCAGCUAGGCAGCUCCAGCCAGCCAGCCCUGCCCUGACCCCUUUCCCAUUUUUGGAUGUUUGAGCAUUUUGUUACAAUAAAACAUUUUUAGGAACUCGUGUGUGGUCUUUGGGAUCCCAGUGAGAGGCUAGGGGUUGUCUCUGUGGGAACUACUUGGGGCUAGAACUGGCCCAGAACCUGUGUGUUGUGGCGUUGGGGGCAGCCCCCCCAGGGCUCCUGAGUCAGCCUGUGGCCGUGCCUUUCCUGCUCAAUCCUGGGCUCAAAUUUUGGACUGAGUGUGAGUGUGAGUGAGUGUGUGUGUGUGGGGGUGGGUGCUUUCCACCCUCAGGGACACUAAGGCGAGCUGUCUGUGAUUGUAUAUGAGGCUCCGACCCGGGCAGAGGCGGCAGUGGAGAAGGGGAGGCCACGCUCAGCCACGGGGCUCGUGGUGGGGCACCUGCCUACAGAUUCCUCUCCAGCUCAGGCCUGGGAAGUCCCACUAUCCCACCCUUCAGGUAUGAGUGUGGCUGUGAGCAGUGGGCAGUGGGCAGUGGCAACGGACGAGCCGCACAACUGACGGUCUGUACCCGACCCAGGCCCCCAAGGGCCGGCUCAGCGGCCUGCCUGCGACCUCCGGCAGCAAGCCCUUCCAGCUCUGGGCCCAAGGACUCUUCUGCACCGAGCGCAACCUGGCCAAGCGCCUCAAGAACAACAGUUUCUACCCGUUCACGCAGCAGCAGCCCAACGGUGAGGGCGACACUC